AUGAUCUUUCGUUCCUUCAGUAUCAUUGCAGCAGCGAUUCUGCUGAGUUUGGGAGGCGAUGGUGCCAGUGUGUCUGCCUUUGCCGUCACUGAGAUGGGUGGAAGGGGGCGAGUCUCGUCCUUGUCCAUGGCCGAGACAGCAGAGGACUCGGGCACUGAAAAAUCGAAGAAUCAGAUUUCUCAUUUGCAAAAGAAACUUCGGUACUGGAAACAGGCACAAAAGAAGAAGGAAACAGAGUACAAGUCAUACCAGUUGAAAAAGACAGUGGAGCAUCAUACCAAACCUGUUUACCGAAGAGAGGGGAAGAUUGAUCAUUACUCCAUGCGGCCUGUGUACGAUCAGCACACGGAGCGAAUUCAGACGGAAAUUUGGAGUAUCAAAGAGCAGAUCAAAGUCACUCAGGCGCAAGUGCAUGAAGAGCGUCGUGUCAAACUGGUUGAGAAGCUGAUUGGCGAUCGCUUGGCUCGACAUGACGAAGAGCUUGAACAAAUCAAGCAAGAGGCAGCUUUGAAAGUGGAAGAAGCAGCUAUGAAAGUGGAAGAAGAACACGAAUUGUUCAUCAAAGCCAAAGCAGAACAGGAACGGAUCCGAGAUGAAGCUGCAAUGAAACUCCAGUCCCUGCAAGAGGAGUCCAAGUCUCGUUUGACGGAAAAGGAACGACAAAUCGCAUCUGUCAAGAAAGAUAUCCGGGAAAUUUCCGAUUUGCUGCAAAAGAACCGCAACGAAUUGCAGAACAAAGAAGUCAGCUUGGAUAGCUUGGAAAAGGAACUCCACCAAAAGGAAGACAUUCUGCACGAGCUUACAAGGGAGAGAGCCAGCAUUCGGGCAUUGGUAAAACAGAGUUGGAGGGUCCUCAAGGGUCGUUUCAAGAAGCACAUUUUGCACAAGGACGAAUCAGCAGCUGAUGAAUCAGCAACGGAUGAACCAACUGCUGAUUCUGUUGAUACCGCAGCCACUGUCGAAAGUGAACCUGCAGACAAUGUCAAUGGAAAGAUUCUCGUCGCGGACGGCCAGAGCUUCGAAUAA